AUGUCAGUAAAAGACAGAACUUCAGAAUUUCACACAGCGGUUGAGUCUAUAAGAUCGCGAGCCUCAGGUGGUGGGGGUAGCUCUUUUCAUGCACGAAAUCUAGAACAUAGAAGACCACUUUUGGCCGAAAGCAAAGCUGGAAGUAAUAUUGAAAGGAUGAAUAAAAGUGAGUUUGCAAGGAUGGCAUCUGCAAUCGGUAGAGACAUUAACGUUACAGCGACAAAACUGCAGAAAUUGACAAAAUUGGCUAAACGGAAGACAUUGUUUGACGAUCGGCCUGUGGAGAUUAGUGAAUUGACAUUUAUAAUUAAACAAGACAUUGCAAAGUUAAACAAACAAAUUGCCCUUCUUCAACAAUACGUACGUGAGCAUAAACGAUACAAUAGACAAGCCGAUGAACAUUCAUCCAAUGUGGUGGUCAUGUUGCAGUCCAAACUGGCAAAUACAAGUAUGAGCUUUAAGGAUGUGUUGGAAAUAAGGACACAGAAUAUGAAGGCCAGUAAGGAUAGAAAGGAACAAUUCAUGUUUUCUAAUUCGCAGCAAGCAGAUAUUCCAUCUGCUGCAUCACCAUUAUAUAAUAUGGAACGACGCAAUGAUCAAAAAAAUCGAGAUUUUCUCGCUCUGGAUAUGACGUCUGGGGGUCAAGUACAACAAUUACAACUAAUUGAACAACAGGACACUUAUAUCGAAAGUCGAGCAACAGCAAUUGAAUCUAUUGAAUCGACUAUAGCAGAACUAGGAAAUAUUUUUCAACAGUUGGCAACGAUGGUGGCUGAGCAACGAGAAACUGUUCAACGGAUUGACGCGAACACGGAUGACAUACAAACACAUGUCGAGGGAGCACAAAAGGAAUUACUAAAAUACUAUGCAAGCAUUACUUCGAAUCGGUGGUUGAUGAUUAAAAUAUUUGCGGUUAUAAUAUUCUUCUUUUUGGUGUUUAUUGUGGUCACCUGA